UAAUUUUCCAUCCAUCAUUCAAUCUCUUUCAUGGCAUCUCCUUCCUCUUACUCUCACAAACCUAACGCCACCGUGUCACCAAUAAAUGCCGGCGCCUUGGACUCCACUCCACCACCCAACGCCACCACCACCACCUUCGUCCAAGCCGACCCCUCCAACUUCCGCGCCGUCGUUCAAAAACUCACCGGCGCCCCCUCCGACCCCUCCACCCCCAAGCUCCCCGUCACCCUCCCCUCCCGCUUCCCCGCCGGCAAACCCACUUCCGGCGAAAUAGGCCCCCGCAAACAGCCCUUCAAGCUCCAAGAACGCCGACAAAGCGGCAAAAAACUCGAACUCCAACUCAACAACAACGACAACAACACCACCAGAAUGUCGCAAGGCUUCUCCGCUUUCUCGCCGAGACAGAGAAUGAUGAUGUUCUCUCCCGUGUCGCCGCUAGACAUGCUGAUGCUCGCACGUGGGAAUGGGAGCAGUCCGAGAACACCCAUGUCGCCGAUUGAGCAAGAGGAGCGAGCUAUAGCUGAUAAAGGCUUUUAUUUGCACCCGAGUCCACUCACUACUCCUCGAGGCAGCGAGCCCGAGUUGCUCCCGCUUUUUCCUCUUCACUCGCCUCGACUCGCCAACGACUCGUCUUCCGCGUCCUAGACUUUCUUGCCGCUUCUAUUAACUAUUGUCAUCAUGUAGUAAUCUCGAAUAAAAUGUCGUGUAUUUUAGUUGUAGUCAUUUUGUUUUCUUUUUUUAGCAAUUGAUUAUAUAUUUAAGUCCACUUGUUUAGAUUUUCACUUUUGCGUAAAAUUUAUGCAUGUUUUUAUUCC